AUGAAAGUUGGCAGAUAUCUUUUCUUCAUCCAAACAAUAUUAAUCUCAUCACUUUCAUUCUUCCUUAGUAGAACUGAAUCAACUCAGGCACCGUUAUUUUCUUGUGACUCAUCCAACCCACUAACAAAAUCCUACCCAUUUUGCAAUACCACCUUAGCCGUCAACGAAAGAGUUGAGGACCUCGUUUCACGUCUAACGUUGGAUGAAAAGAUCGAACAACUGGAAAACUCGGCACCGGCGAUCCCACGUCUCAAUAUCUCCGCCUAUCAAUGGUGGUCUGAAGGGUUACAUGGAAUAUCUAGGCAUGGAAAAGGGAUUAGAUUUAAUGGCACAAUUGCUGCUGCCACCAUGUUUCCUCAAGUCAUUCUUGCUGCUGCUUCAUUUGAUACUCACCUCUGGUAUCGCAUGGGUCAGGCUAUUGGAAGAGAAGCUAGAGCAUUUUACAAUGAGGGUCAAGGAACGGGAAUGACAUAUUGGGCACCAAACAUAAACAUAUUCAGGGAUCCCAGGUGGGGAAGAGGACAGGAGACGCCAGGGGAAGAUCCGCUGUUGGCAAGCAACUAUGCAGUGUCAUAUGUAAGGGGAAUUCAGGGAGAUAGUUUUGAAGGCGGGCAACUCAAGGAUGGGCACCUUCAAGCCUCAGCUUGCUGCAAGCACUUCACAGCCUAUGAUUUGGAUAACUGGAAUGGUGUUAAUCGUUAUAUCUUUGAUGCUAAUGUGACCGAGCAAGAUUUGGCAGAUACAUACCAACCACCAUUCAAGAGCUGCAUAGAAAAAGGGCAAGCUAGUGGCGUAAUGUGUGCUUAUAAUCGCAUCAACGGUGUCCCAAACUGUGCUGAUUACAGCCUCUUGAUUAAGACGGUGCGCGAACAAUGGGGUUUUCAAGGGUAUAUAGCUUCAGACUGUGAUGCAGUUGCUGUCAUGCAUGAUAAUCAAGGAUAUGCCAAAUUACCAGAAGAUGCAGUGGCAGAUGUUCUCAAAGCUGGCAUGGAUGUUGAUUGUGGUUCAUACUUGCUGAAAUACAGUAAAAGUGCCAUUGAACAGAAGAAACUUCCUGAAUCUGAAAUAGACAGAGCCCUUCGAAACUUGUUUUCCAUCAGAAUGAGGUUAGGAUUAUUCGAUGGCAGCCCAAGAAAUCUCAAAUUUGGAAACAUUGGUCCAGAACAGGUCUGCACCCAAGAGCAUCAGGACCUUGCGCUGGAAAUUGCUAGAGACGGUAUUGUUCUUCUAAAGAACUCAAAUAGCCUCCUUCCUCUUCCAAAGGACAAAACCAUCUCCCUUGCUAUUGUCGGCCCCAAUGCCAACACUUCACAAACACUUCUAGGCAACUACGAAGGCCUGCCUUGCAAAAACAUUACAAUUUUCCAAGCAAUUCAGAGCUACCUGGAAAGUGCAGUUUACCAUCAGGGGUGUGAUGCUGUAAACUGUACUUCGGUUGCACUCAAUGAAGCACUUGAUGCAGCAAAAGAUGCAGAUUAUGUUAUUUUAGUUAUGGGAUUAGACCAAACCCAGGAAAGGGAGAAAUAUGAUCGAAUGGAGUUGAUGCUCCCUGGGAAGCAGGAGAGUCUCGUGGAAAGUAUCGCAUUGGCUGCAAAGAAACCUAUUAUUCUGGUGGUACUAUGUGGCGGUCCAGUAGAUAUAUCCUUUGCCAAAGAUGACCCAAAAAUCGGAAGCAUCCUAUGGGCUGGUUAUCCAGGAGAAGCUGGAGGAACAGCAGUUGCAGAAAUCAUUUUUGGCGAUCACAACCCAGGAGGUAGAUUACCAGUGACAUGGUAUCCAAAAGAUUUCGUCCAAGUCCCAAUGACAGACAUGAGGAUGCGAUCAGAACUUGCUACAGGCUAUCCUGGACGCACAUACAAAUUCUACAACGGCGUAAAAGUUUUUGAAUUUGGCUAUGGCCUUGGCUAUUCUAAUUUUUCCUAUGAGUUUGUUCAUGUCACCUUUAAGAAGCUCUACUUAAACCAGUUAUUACCUGCUAAGGCGCUGAAAUUCACUGGUCCCCAUCGGUAUCUGUCCAUUUCAGAAUUAAACAAUGAACACUGCGAUAGCAUAGAGUUCUCAGCAAAAGUUGCUGUGAAAAAUCUUGGGGAAAUGUCCAGUAAGCAUCCAGUGCUAUUAUUUGUAAGGCAAGCCAAGCUAAGCUAUGGGAGUCCUCAGAAGCAGUUGAUUGGGUUUCAGAGUAUUACAUUAGGUGCAGGGGAGAGGGCUGAAGUUGACUUUGUUUUGAAGCCUUGUGAGCAUCUGAGCAAAGCCAACAGAGAUGGCUUUAUGGUGAUUGAAGAAGGAUCUUAUUACUUGAUUGUGGGGGACAAGGAGCCUCACAUUACUGUGGAAUUAUGACAUUGGUAAUUUUUUCAAGAUUCAAGAUUUUGCUCCCUUUACUUGUACUAAGA